AUGGCGCUGAUCCCAUCGUACCGUGGAUCCCCUCUGGUUCACAGAGCCUGGAGGCCGCCCCUGCGACAUGAGGCUUUCUUUGAGCCUCAAAUUGGAAGCAGUGAGCCUCAACGUUCGUGGUCCUCGACGAGCUUCGCACUGUGGUGUGGUUGUCUGUGCUUCGCGGCCCGCAAACGGAGCUCGCCGAAUGUGGCGAGACCUUCGCAGGCUGUUGGCAAAGAAGUCGCGAAAGAUCCACGCCCUGGAGAAGGGUGGGGCGGCGUGAUACGAACGUCUCGGGACCAAUAUGGCGGUUUGACCAAAGCCUACCGCAUGCCACUGCCCGCUGACGUGGACGACUUCCACAUUCCACCCUUCAGCGUGCUUAUGAAGAUGGUCAACAACCGCUCUCCCGAAGAAGCUCUGAAGCACAUGAAGGAGAAAGAGCCGUGGAGGCUGAAACGCCAGCUCGGCAUCUACUCUCCUACGCCACAGUAUCAGCCGCUGCAGUACAUCGAAGACAAGCCUUUCUGGCAGAGCAGCAAAUUUGUCAAGAGGAAGAUGAAAAAAUAUUACGAAGCGCAGCUGAUCAAGCGGAUGGAGCAGGAUGGGAUAAACCUGCGAUAUCUUCCAAGCCCGAAAGAUCGCCUCGAGUUGGCAGGCACACAGCUCCUGGGCGGCAUCAAUGGUUUCAAGGUGGAGAAGAACUCUUGGAAGAAAUUGGCAUCUAUGAGCGCCGAGGAGAUUCUGGAGGCCGCUAGUGACCAGCGAUACCUCCGAUUGAGCGCUGCCAGCAAGGACAUUCCGAUUGAUUGGCGACCUGGCUACCAGACGACGGCUAUAAGGGACCUGCAGCUGCAGCACAUGAAGCGGGUUGACGUCGUCAUCGAGGUGCGAGAUGCCCGCAUUCCCUGGACAACAACCCAUCCCGAUGUCCCAGGGUGGGCGCGUCCCCGGCCUCGGGUCAUCGUGCUAACCAAAGCAGAUCUUGUUCCCCGAGCAGCACUUGAGGAAACAAUUCGCUACAUCAAUGAGAGCGACCGUGACCGGGGAGUGCCUGUAAUUCCGGUCGAUGCUUUGCUGGGCACAUUUGGGAUCGAGGAGCUCCGAACAGAGUUGCUCAAAGCUGGUGCAUACGUCAACCGAAGGCGAAAGCGCAAGGGCAUCAAUCCACGUGCCAUUCGAACAAUGAUGAUUGGCUUCCCAAACGUCGGGAAGUCCUCCAUCAUCAAUCGACUGACCGGGCGAAAAGUUGCUGCUCGGAAUGGCCGGCCGGGCUUGACGAAGCGUCUCACUUGGCACAAGAUUGGCGGUUUCAGGAACACGGAGCUGGAGUUUUUGGAUUCCCCCGGGUUUAUCCCUGUGGGCUUCGGCAGGCGCUACACUAAGGAGCAGCAGGAGCUACUGUGCAUGUGCCGCAUCUUCGGCGAGAAGCACGUCGACCGGCAGCAGACGGGUUACGACUUGGUCACCCGACUGGGCAAGUUGUGGAAAGAGAGCCCUCACAUGAUCGAGAAGACUGUGUGGAGAGAGACAGAACGCAUCUACGGUGUGGAUCUUCAAAAAGCCAUCAGGCACGAGGGGCCCCUUCUUCCCAACUUCGUGCCUGUCAUGAAUCCGGACCCGUUCCUCGGAAAAAUGAUCAAUGACUUCAAUCGUGGGCGAUGGGGACGGAUUCAGCUGGAGGCAGCGCCUCGUGCGCCCGUGAGCCUCCAGGAGUUUGGCUAA